AUGCCCGAGCGGCCAAUGUCGUCGCAGAGUAGGAAGCGAUUCAGUCGCAUUCUCGAAAUUUCUGAUAGUUAUGUGCCUGACCAGGGAAAACCGGCUCAUUUUGUUCAGACCUUCUCUCGGCUGGAUGCUGUCGAGGAGCAUCCGGACUUACAAUUGCUUGAAAGAGUUCUGUCACCACAAUUGCAAGACGGGUUAAAGUUAGGCGCUGUUGAGGAGCAGAGCCAGUGGGAGAAAAUGGCUCCUGAGCAAGAACUCCCCAACACUAAUACAGACGGCAGUCAAAUUACGAUGCAUGAAAGGUCCACCAUCGAGUCCCUUCUCGAUAGACAUAUUGAAUGUCUAGGACUGAAUGACGACGGGACCGACUGCGAAGAUGCACCACAUCUCCAAACACACAGUCCCCCUGAGCAUUCGGCGGCAGUGAAUAGUAGCGCGGAGAGCACUAUCCGAGCAACGCCCAGUAUGCCGCGGUUUUUGUCUUCAUGUAACUUGAGACCGACGACCUCGAGCUCAACUAUUCGACACUCCAGCCUCGCCAGUUCGGAAAGGCGUCGACUGAUACCCCGCCGUCUGUUUGCCAGUAUGGAUGCCAGACUUUCUCCUGGAGCCAUUCUAGAAGAUCAGGUCAAUUCCAGAUUCAUUUUGUCUUCUGUGAGCUCCGGAUUUCGGGAUCAUUCAUCUGGGUGGCAGACACUCCAGUCAACCAGCGGACUCUUGACCUCAGAGUCGACCAAGUCUACCCGAUCCAACGCAAAAUUUUCGCUGACUUCUGGAGACCUGGCCGACAUUGACUCGGAUCCGCCACAAACGAAAUACAAGGUCAGGAGAUUGUCGGAGCUAAGUCUCGGCCCAGAGGUAACUGGCGAAUUGCCGACUAAAGGAGCGCUACAUACUCAUCGUAGGUCAAAAAGUGACACGCUCGCAAGACAAGCAUCGCAUCAAAGACGGCGAGCACGAAUUCUGAUGAAGAGCCGAAGAAAGUCCCAGAGUCUUGGGCAAUUGGGAGUCCUCGAACAAACGGGACAGUUGCUGGAGGUCGUUGGGCGAGAUGAAGAAUGGGUAACUGAUGAUUCGCCCGAAAAUAUGAGCGAGACCUCGCCAGUCGCUGGCUACGCCGAAUUGAGUGCAGAUUCAGUGGCAGUACUGCCUCCAACGACGGUCUCUGCAGGUAGUAUUCUUGUGCCGACGCCUAUGCCUCGGAGAUGGACCAGUAUGCUGGCGGCGAUGCCGGACCCUGUCAAGAAAGGCAUUGAAAUUGUUCGAAAGGCAUCAAUCAGGACUGUCCAUUCGCACCGAAGCAAUACUAGCGUCAUCGAGCCUUUAAACAGUACACGGUACAGUUCUCAGAUUCCCCGCUUGGGAUCGGUGCCCCAGCUAGCACCUCCUGAAUUAGGGCCGCCGCUCACUUCUUCAGAACUGAAUCUCAGCCUUCGGUUCCCGGACCAACCUCAGGCGCUGUAUAGGCCGCCUCUCCGAGAAGUCCAAAGCUUCUUCUCUGACGACAGCUCGGCUGCAAUGGCGCAGAAACAGCCUUCUACCAUCAGAAAGAGAUUUGACUUGCACAGCCUUCGCAGUGGAUUCACAAAGUCCACAGGACUGCUGGGAACACGACAUAGCUCUACCCAACAGGAAACCGGUACACUGAGACUCAGCCAGUCGUGCCAUAUAAAAACACAGCAUUCGUUCGAGUUUCCACAUCCAGAUUUGGGAGAUACGGUUCCAAUGUCUGAUUUUGCGUACAAGAAGCGGAAAGUGCUCAGCCGAGUCAAGGAUUGGUGGAAGAGACAGUGCAUGCAGAAGACCUUUGCUCUCGUAAGGAACCGAAGUGGCAGGAAUAUGCAACAUGGAGCUUUUGCAUAG